AUGCACAGAGGAAGCCUUCAGAGACACUCGAAAUUCGAAUGCGGCGUGACGCCGAAAUUUUGCUGUGGUUUUUGCGGACGAAGAUUUUCCCAAAGGUCCAACCUGAGCAGACACGCAGUGGACAUACACAGGAAAGCUCUUGAACAGUUGAUCCAAAAACAUCCGGUAUUAUUUUAUAUUCGUGUCAUAUUAUUUUGCUUAACGAUAAAUGCAACCUAUUUUCAUAUUAAAUAUAUACACGAUAUUACAGUGUAAAUUGAUAAAAAUUUUUAUUUGGCUAUAUUUGUAGGAAUCUGGGAACAAAGACGAUAAUUUAAAAUCGAAAGUAUCACAAUGAUCGAACUGCCGCCGCCGCCGUCGAAAAAUCUAGAAGAUACAAUAAUGUCUAAACCGUCACUUAACUUAUUGGAAUUCUAUUGAAAAAAGUAUCUCGGAUUAAUUUUAUUUUUGAACGAAAUACUACGUAAACUCAAAAUUUAACAUUUAUUCGAUAACGGUUGCAAAACGGUGGCGUCUUAAAAAUACCCUAUAUAUUCUAUAUAUUAUUAUUCCAAUUUUAAUUUGUUUGUUAUUUUUCUUUUGCUUUGUUACGUUAUUAUUGUUUUAUAGUUAAAAUUUAUAUCUAGGUACCGAUAAUACGUACCUACCUAUUUGUUGAUGUGUUGAAAUACUGUUGAAAUGUUAUAUCGAGUAGUUUGUGUUAAAAAAAAAUAUUGAUUACAAUUUUGUUUUGUUUUUAUUUUUAAUUCCAUAUUCUAUUCGUGUUAUUGGACGACAAAGUGAACUAUUUUUUAUUUCACUUUAAUACACGCUAAUUUACGCGUAUACAAUUUUAAAGCGUUUGCAAUUAAAUUUUAUCAAGAUUGUUAGUGAUAUUAUAAUAUUUUGUUUAUUAAAUUUUAUUUUAGUGAAUUUUGUGGCAAAUGUUUCAUAGUUUGUAUGAGCCAAACGUGUUCCUUUACGGUGAAAAAAGUUCCAACGUACAUAAUAUUUCGAACGAAUACAGAACGUUAUUAUUUAAAAAAAUAAUAUGCGAUAUCAAUACGCUCUUUACACGAAAUAUUAUAGCUAUUAUUUAAUCGAGUAAAAUGUGAAUCUUUAAGUUAAAAACCUAUCGAAAUAACUAUUUAUUUGUCAUUAUAGUAUAAAAAUGAUUUAUUAGUAAUCCUGCAGUCGCGUUUUCAAGGCAGGCAAUAAGUUAAUGUAAAUCGCCUUUUCUCUGUUCAGUGUUGUGUGCAGGGAGGGGGAUGUUAGGGAUUUUAACUCCGUAUUGGCUCAAAAUAUAAUUAUGAGUGUUAAUUAAGUGAUUUUGUUUUAAAAAUACAUAUUUUAGAGAAAGGAAUAAAGAUUGAUUUAUUGAAUCACAAUAGAUUUUUUUAAAUUCUCAUUAAUGGGUUAGGUAUACCAGAAUAAAGUGUUUAACUAAAACUCUAAAACAAAUGUAUUAACAUUAUUACAAAAUAUCAUCCCAUUAUAGGUAUAAAAGAGCGUAUUUCUUCAUCUAGUAAACUCUGGAAGUUCGAUUUUUAAAAUUAUUAUUGUUUUAUCUUGUUUCAUCUGGUGAUUUUAAAUGCAUGACUAAGAAGUAAUAAUGUUUGGGCGAUAUAUUUAACACUAUAAUAAUAUAUUCGUGUAAAAAUAUUAAGUAUAUUAUUAUACCAUAAAUAAUCGCAUUAAUUAAUUAUAAAUUCACAUAAUAUUUAGAAUAUCUAACACCAUCACAUACUAUACAUAUUUUCGUAACUAGAAAAUAGAAAUUAAGUAAUAAUAUUCUUUCUUAAUAUUUAAUUAUUUAUGAGUUAUGUUUUAAAUUAUUUUUGUUUUUUGUAAUUAACUAGCAAAAAAUAUUUUACAAACAUAAAUAAUAACACAUGCAUACUUAUAAUAAUACAGAUAUCAGUAUAAAAUAAUUGACGGGAGAGGUAUUUCAGGUAAUUGCAUGAAACGGGUUUUUGAUUUUGAGGUCAAUGAACUACAGAAUAUUUUGUACGCUCAUAAAUAUAUUUAAGUUUAUUGCAAUUCUUGGUAGAUAUUUUACCUAUGUUAUCCAAUUGAUUUGUAUUUUAAUUAUUUCACUUUAUUUCUGCUUAAUAAAAAGGAAAUCUAUUUAUACUUCUGUUUGCAAAAUACUUUUCACCAUAUAGUUUUAUUUUAUUCUUUAUCUAUGCAUAUGCAAAUAUUAAAUUUUAUAAAAACUUAAAUAUAAGGUAUAAUUUCAAUUUAUUUUUUUUUAUUAUUACUAUUUUUUUUUUUUUUAUUUUUUUUUUUAGUUUUAGUCUAUGUCUACAAGUGUCCCAGAUGCUGUAGGACUUAUAAGCACAAAAGAAAUCUACGGCAACAUUUAA